AUACACCUAUUGUUCUUCUAUCAAAGAAAAAAGAAAAUAAGCAUCUCGACGCUGGUAGUGGUUUAUGGAGGGGCUCGAUACCACUCCACUACUCGUGGUAUUUAGAUCGGCCUCAGUCUCUGUGAAUACUACAUGCAACGGACGUCCUACAUCCUUACUUCUUUACCAAACAAUACCUAUCGCAUCCAGAUCCCCCGAUGCCGCCUAAAUCCGCCGACAAAGACAACUCUAAGUUCCUUUACUCUGUCCUCAGACAGAUAAACACUAAAGGCGUAGUCUUCCACCUCCCCCCCCCCCUCUCUCAAUUUCCUCCCUCAGUCUCUGUUAUCACAGCCUGACUAAGUAAUACUAGAUAAACUGGGAACAGGUCGCUCAAGAAAACGGUAUACCGACUGCGAACGCCGCAUCGAUGAGGUGGUACCGAUACCAAGUGUCCAUGAGUCCUGACGGGAAGCUACCACCGAAGAAUAAAGUUGAAGGUAAUGACAGCGGGGAAACUGGUGAAGGGGGGGAGGGUGCUGGGGCGAAGAAGAAGCGGCCAAGGAAGAGGAAGGCCGUCGAACCUGCAGAGGGGGGUGGAGGUAGGUUACCUCUCGUACGAUCUUUUGUGAGAAUUGUGCAGUGAAUUGACUUUCGAAGAAUAGGCUAAAUAUAAAUGGCCCUACAAAGGCGGUUUGUGUGCAUUGGGAUUCGAAGGAAAGGAAAGUAGGAAGGAUCUCGAUGCUUGCAGUUGGUGUAUUCAAGUUGUGGACUAG